AUGUACACCGGGCCGUUGCAGCCAGUUGGGCUGCUCCUCGGGACUGGCAGCGACUUCGGUGGCGGGACACAACCGUGGCCUGCGGACGGCGCGAUCGACGUGCAUACCGGCGACGUCGGACCGACGCGAGCAAACAACCUUCACGGGCACUCCUCGUCCGCGCCUGGCCGCGCCCGGCAGCGCGGUCAAUCCUGGUCCGCCUUCUUUCUCCUGCUGCUCGAAGCGUGCGGCGGCGUGCUGCUGAGCGAGUGGAUGUGGCCGCCGCGCUUCGGUGUGCGGUGCCGGACGGGGUCGAAGCGCGGCGCGUGGCUGCUUCUUCUCGUUGCGCUGCUCCCGCUGGCAUCAACUGCUGCCGGCUGCGAAAUUGCCAAUUUACCAUCUUCGGGGAGCGGCACCUGCUGGUGUCAGUUCCUGAAAGGCACGACGCCAGAUUAUCAGCCUGGCGCUGGAUACAAAGCCGAGGAUCUGCUCCGCUCCCUGAUCGAGGGGGAUGCUGUCAACAUCUCCAUCUACCUGCCGCCCAGCGACGUCGAGAUCAUCGACUCGGAUGUGAGGGGCUGCUCGGCUAAUGAGGGCGGCGUCGUCUACGCGCAGUACAGCGGUGCGGUCUCGAUAACCGGCUCAACCGUGACGGGCUGCUCAGCGGUGCAUGACGGCGGCGUCGUCUCCGCGGAGUUCAGCGGUGCGGUCUCGAUAAUCGGCUCCACUGUGACGGGCUGCUCGGCUGGCGAUCGCGGCGGCGUCGUCUACGCGGAGGACAGCGGGGCGGUGCUCCUCUCGCACCGUGCUCUCGUCAGCACCGAGGCGUGGGGCCGCUUCAGAGCACGUGUUGACAUCAUCGAGUCGCAGGUCGGCUUCCAGCCCAAGUUCAAGGUCCUGGUCGGCUUCUACCAGAUCGCUACGACGCUCGGUCCUGUCUACGGCGUCCGCCUCAACGAGGCCUUUACGCGCUGGACCAAGUUUAUGGACUCGCUCAGCUUCGACGUUAUCGGCCUCACCUACCCGGGCGCCUGCAUGGGCUCGAUGCGAGUCCGGCUCAUGGUCGCCGGCUUGUGGCCUCUCGUUGCCAUUUUGCUUGGAGGCGCCGCCCUUGCCUGCCACGCCCUCGCAGAGUGGCUUAUGUCUGGUCGCGCCGACGACCUCCGUCGCGACGUUGUCCGUGCCACGCUGCGCCGCAUCCUCUACUGGGCCAUCCUCGUCGCCUAUCUCGUGCUCCCCUCAGUCUCUCGCACCAUUUUGAAGGUGGAGCAGUGCGAAUCGUUUGCCUUCAACGACAUUACCGGGGAGAAGCGCAGCUACCUCGUGGCCGACCUCGAUGUGCUCUGCGGCGCUGACGACGAAGAGUACAGCGGCCUCGACGCGUACUUCUGGGCCUUCUUCGUCCUCUGGCCGGUGCUCGUCCCGCUCGCUUUCCUCGCGCUGCUCCUCUGGAUCCGCUCCGAGGUGCGGGCGCAGCGCGUUGGCUCUCUCGCCCGAGCCAGCCGCUUCCUCUGGCGCGACUACGACCCGGGCAUCCUCUUCUGGGAGGUCGUCGAUCUGAGCCGCAGGCUCUUCCUCGCCUCGCUGGUGCUCUUCAUCCAAACAAACACCGGGUCGUCCAAGCUCCUCCGCCUCAUCAUCGCGUCUGUCGUCUCGGGCCUCUACCUUACCGCUCUCGCCCUCGCCCGGCCCUUCAAGCGCACCGAUGACCUCUACCUCGCGUGCACCGCCAAUCUCUUGCUCUUGUGCUGCUUCAUCUCGGGCAUCGUGAUUCAGCUCUGCCCGGAUCCGGGCGCGAGUGCCGCUUACGAGGGCAUGUGCUACACCCUCGUCGGCUUCGACAGCGCGCGCGGAGCGAGUGAGUUUGUGAUCGUGCUCACCGCCGCGAUGCUGGCCGCGUCGCUACUCGUCGUCCUCUUCAAGACAGUCAGCGCCGUCCGCAUGCCCACCAUCCGCCUCGCCUCGACCGGUCGCCCUCCCGCCCUCGAGUUGUGCCCCGAAUGCCACUUCCACGGCUUCAUCUCGCACGCGUGGGGGACCGGCCAGGACCAGACCCACACCGUCGUGCGCCAGCUCCAGCUUCUCCUGCCCGGCGUCCGGAUCUGGCUCGACGUCGAUAACCUCGAGGACGUGGGCAGGCUCGAGGAGUCAGUAGCUGACGCAAUGACCUUUCUCGUCUUCCUCAGCGCCGGCUACUUCAAGAGCUUCAACUGUCGCCGCGAGCUGUACGCGGCGCUUGCCUCGAACCGGCCCUUCAUCCCCAUCUUCGAGGCCGACGCGGCGAAGGGCGGCGCCUCGAUCGAGGCGUUGCAGGCUGAGUGCCGCGAGCACUGCGUCGAGGUCGUCCCGCCCGCCUACCCUUCCUACGGCGGGCCAGGCGAGAUGAUCGCGCGCGUGUUUGAGGAGGCGAAGCCGAUCGUGUGGGUGCGGGUGAACGCCUUUCAGCUCGAGUCGCUCAAGGCCAUCGCUCUGCGCAUGUUGCUGCACUCUCCAUUCUACGCGAGCCGCCUGGCCGAGCUUGCUGCAGGGGUGACGGUGCCCGGUGAGGCAGGGCCCGUCGCCUUCAGCGGUCCCGUCACCAUCCUUGCGUGCCGCGGCAACAAGGGCGCCUUUGGCGUAGCAGACGAGGUCAAGGCGGCGGCGCGGGAGGGGGGCGGCUCUGCUGCAUCCGAGAUGGUUAUGAUCCGCGAUGUGGAUGAAGCGUUCGAGGGAGCCAGCGCGGCCCCUCUCUCCGGACACUACGUCCUCCUGCUCUACCUGAACGAUAAGACCUUUCUCGAUGCGGGCGGCACCGUCGCUCGCCUCGUGCAAGCGGCGAUGGACCGGCGCAUUGCCAUCGUGCUUGUCCACGAGCAGGACCCUAGCUGCGGUGGCCGCCCGUUCCGGCACUUCAUUCAGCAGACGCCGCAGGUCCUGCAGCGGUCGCCGUACAAGCUCUACGACACGGUGGCGGUGCCGCUCUACCCGUCGACAGAGCACCGCCCGGUGAGCCUGCACCUCGUGCUGCGUGGCAUGGGAGCGGCACCGUGCAGCGCGGGGAUACUGCGGCGGCAGUGGCAGCUCCUUCGCCGCCGCAUCGCGGGCGGCGUGCAGGAAGACUCGAGUGCCAGCUCCACCUCCUCGCUGCCGCUGCCAACAGUUGUGGUCGAGUGCGGCCCUCACAUCUUUCCGGGCUAUCUUCUCAACGGAGCGAAGCGGCGCCUCCCAGCAUAG